GAUGUGGACGUUCCGCCAGCCUCCGCCAAAGGAAAGAACCAUCCAAGCAGGAUCGCAGCAUUAUUUUUUUUAUUUAUUUUAGAUUUUUUUACGAUUGACAUAGAGACCUCAUCUGCCUGACUGUCGUUGUUGUACCUCGAGAUUUUUUAUCUGUAAAGUCUCCACAAACUGACGCGUAAUCGUUGCGCAGAAGCAAAGAGCAUAAAAAGUCUUUGUGUUGUUUAUUAGUUUCACAUCAUUAAUCGAGAUGCAGGCGGUUUUGUUCAGCGCCGUGUUCUUUUACAUCAGUUGUCGUGCCAGUGCGGAGCCGAAAACCAAGUGUCCGACGCGGUGCGAUGUGAGUACCUGUCCGAGCCCCAGCUGUCCCGGUGGGUACGUGCCGGACGCGUGCAACUGCUGCCUGGUCUGCGCCCCGGGGGAAGGGGAGCCGUGCGGCCGCAAGGACGACCUGCCGUGCGGGUACGGACUCGAGUGCGUGCACCCGGCGGGGAGGCGGCUUUCCACGGGCUUCUGCCAGUGCAGGUUCAGCCGCGAGGUGUGCGGCAGCGACGGGAAGACGUACGGCAACGUGUGCCAGCUGAAAGCGUCCAGCAGGACCGCGCUGCAGCAGGGACUGCCGGCCAUCACCCCGGUCCGGAAGGGGUCGUGCCAGAGCAGCUUGGCAGAUACAACUCUCCACAGUGCGCUGAGCCAAGUUGGCUUCGUCAAGAAAGGUCCUUCACACACUUCCAGUCCUCGUUACAAGUUCAACUUCAUAGCUGACGUGGUGGAGAAAAUCGCCCCCGCCGUGGUUCACAUCGAGCUCUUCCUAAGACAUCCUCUCUUUGGUCGCACCAUUCCUGUGUCCAGUGGGUCUGGGUUCGUUAUGUCAGAGAGUGGACUGAUUGUCACCAACGCCCACGUGGUCUCCAGCUCUACACCGGUGACGGGUCAACAGCACCUCAAGGUUCAGAUGCAUAACGGUGAUGUAUACGAAGCCAGCAUCAAGGAUAUUGACAAGAAGUCAGACAUUGCUACCAUCAAAGUCAACCCACAGACGAAGCUGCCUGUGUUGCGGCUGGGCCUCAGUGCCGACCUGAGGCCGGGGGAGUUCGUGGUGGCGAUCGGCAGCCCCUUUGCCCUCCAGAACACCGUCACCACCGGUAUCGUCAGCACCGCUCAGAGGGACGGCAAGGAGCUGGGCAUCAGGAACUCGGACAUGGACUACAUCCAGACGGACGCCAUCAUCAACUACGGGAAUUCGGGAGGACCACUCGUCAAUCUGGACGGGGAAGUGAUCGGCAUCAACACCCUGAAAGUUGCCGCAGGAAUCUCGUUUGCCAUCCCGUCGGACAGGAUCACUCGCUUCCUCAACGACUCGCUCCAGAAGAACAGCAAAGAUGUGAGGUCGGUAAAGAAGCGUUUCAUUGGAAUCCGGAUGAUGACCAUCACACCAGCGAUAAUUGAAGAGCUAAAGCAGCAGAACACAGACUUCCUCAACGUUACCGGUGGCAUUUACAUCCAAGAGGUCGUUCGUCACUCUCCUGCAGAGAAAGGUGGAAUCAGAGGCGGAGACAUUAUCGUAAAACUGAACGGCAGACCUCUAAUGACAACGGCCGACCUGCAGAGGGCGCUGCAGGAGGAAACGGACCUGCUGCUCGAGGUCAGAAGGGACAAUGACGACCUGCUCUUCAACAUCCAGCCCAACCUCAUCAUGCAGUAGACGAUGGGUUGGAGCAUAGACUGUAUAUAGAGAUGGACCAGCUCCGCAAAAGUGAAGCCAGAGCGAGUAGAGCUCCCCCUGGUGGCUGGAGGCUGCAGUAUAGGUCAUAAGCUCCACCCCCUCCGUGUUAGCAAAUGGGACUUGAACCUAAAACUAAAACACCAAAAUAGACGUCAACUAUUUUUUUUUUUUGAUGGUUUCUGUCAUUUUAGGUAGUUAAUAUGAUGUUGAUGCAUUUACAAGUUUUGGAAAAGUUUUGUUUUAGCUCAUUAAGUGUGGGCGGGAUGUCGUGAGUCCGGUGGAAGUGUGGGAACGACCAGUCAUGAGAUGGUGUCACCCAUAGCCCCGGGAAAUGAGAGGAAGUGGAGACGCCUUAUCCAUAUUUAUAUACAGUCUAUGCGUUGGACCAGCAGCGAGUGCAAUAUUUUGGGAUACGGCAAAAAAUUCUGUGUCACAAUUGAUGUGAAGCGCACACAUAUAACUGAUUGGUGCAAAGGUGCUCAAAACACAUCGGAACAAAGCAUCGUAAACCCGAUGCCCUGUAAUAAACGUGAAAUAUGCUCUUAUUUGGAUUGUAAAUGUUCCAAAAUGUUUAUUGUAGUUAGUGUUUCUGAACUGUAGUGGUACAGUCUCCUUCUCUACAAUCUCUCCACACUUAGUUUUCUCUUUGUUAGUCGACUUCUGCAUUUGGUUCAGUUGGAUUUACAGCGUGUUAAAAGAUAUGCUAGCAAAUACAAGUGGGCUGAAAUGCUGCCUUUAUUUUCAGACUUUGAUUUACAAAAUACAUGUGAGCAGAGGGUCCAGGUGACCUUUAUGUCGCUCUUGACAAUGUGAGAUCAAAAGAUCAAACUGCUAACACCUCUGGUUCGUGCACAACCAGAGAAGAUGAGUUCUGACGAGCCCCAAAAUGGAGCAUCAGCAUCGGGAGUGGGAGUUCCCGCCUACUGAUCCCCUGUGUUUCAUGUUCUGCAAAUGAACUGCACGUUCAGUUUGAUGUGUUGUGUGUUGAUGUCAUACGAUGCCGGGUGUGAACAAAGCCCAACCAGAGCUCCUCUCACAGGGGACACGGUCCCAGACGAGUUCUGAGACCUUGGGGGGAAUGUUGGGCUGGCUUCCAGGAAAUUCUUUUGUCAUAUUAAAAUAAGUCCGUGAGGAGCAACUUCAA